ACUUUCCUGACAUCGAUUUCCUUAUCAGCAAUCGCAACCAAUGGUGUUGUACCGGGUGGAGGGCCGUAUUAUAUGAUAUCACGGAAUUUAGGUCCUGAAUUGGGUGGUGCAGUUGGUAUUCUCUUCUUUUUGGGUACCACAGUUGCUGCGUCCAUGUAUAUCACCGGUGCUGUUGAGAUUCUCAUUCUGUAUUUGUUUCCAGCAGCUAAAAUAUUCGACAACAUUUAUCAUUGUUUUCGAGUUCAUGGCACUUGUCUUCUCAUUAUUCUCGGUCUUAUUGUGUUGGCCGGAGUUAAGGUGGUGAACAAGUUCGCGCUGCCUGCCGUUUUUGUUGUUUUAACGUGUAUUUUAUGCACUUUCAUCGGUGUUUUCGUCAAACUGAAUGGCUCAGAUUCGUUGAAAUAUGUGCAGUUUAGAUAUUGUAUGGUUGGUGAUCGCCCUGUGGAUUUGGUGUCGUUCAAUGAAAAGUUUCACUAUGUACCGAAUUGUACUGCUGAAGCAUUGGAACCACUCUUUUGUACGGUGCUAAACGAAACGUCAAUGCAGUGCGAACCGUACUUCGCGCGGAUGGCACGUAUUCCCAACUGGAAAGGUGCUGGACCUGCGAUCCGAGAGCAUAUCGCGAUCCCAGGCCUAGCAAGCGGUGUUCUCUUCGAAAACCUUUGGAGCAAAUAUUUGGGUGUUGGAGAACUUUUAUCGAAGGAGAAACUACCACGUGAGAGGACGGAUCGUGCUCACGUUCAAGGUUACUAUAUAUUCGCAGAACAAGCAACAUCAUUCAUGAUUUUAAUCGGUGUCUUCUUCCCAUCUGCUACAGGUAUAAUGGCUGGCUCAAACCGUUCCGGUAAUCUGCGUGAUGCGUCCCGUUCAAUCCCACUCGGAACUCUUGGUGCACAAAUUACAACGAGUAUUGUUUGUAAGUGA